UUCAACGGGGUUCUCAACUUCUCACAUGGGUUACUACUGGUCAAAACCGAUUAAAUCUAACAAUUUGGGUCGUUACAGAGGCCAACCCAACGUUGACAAUCACGCCAUCAUCAGUAAUCAUCGGCGGUGACGCGAAUGACGUCACAACGACCUCACCAUUGUAUGUCAACAUAGAAUGUCGAAUGUCCGGGGUUCAGCAAGUUUACUCCUUGUACAUAAAGCGCGGCCCCACUCAGGACAGUCUAGCUGAAAUAAGUAUUGGUAAUCCGCCUAGAGUAAGCACCAAUGCACCUAACGACAUCUUGCAGAAAAUACCGGAAGUGACGGGCAUGCUUGGAACUUCCGGAAACUUGCUUAGUGUGCGCUACCGGCAAGACCGGUUGGACUGCGUCGACGGAAACUCUUACCAAUGUAAGGUCUUUUACAAACCGAACAACGGGGACACUUUGACUGCGAACACCUCAGCCAUAUUGUCUGUUUCCGUGCGUCCGGGGAACCUGCAGUUGCUGGCCGCCCGCGUUGUUAACGAAUUCAUGACGGAACCGGUAAUGAACAACUCCCUCGUGCAGCCCGGGGAGCAGCUUGAGCUCACGUGCACUGGCAGUAUCGGAGCUUCCCCAGAUGCCCCCAUCCAGUGGUUUCGGCGGACGGCGGGGAGCCAGCUCGUGUUCCAGUAUUUCACCCCGAUUCGAGACGCAGACUACAUCUCUGAGGGUGAAGCUUCCGGCAUCUCGACGCCCAUCUGCCAUUAUUCGCGGACGUCCAUGCUGCGCUACACGGUAGAAGCAGCGGACUCAGAUUUGGGCUUCCGGUGCCAGGUGACGUCACAGCAACAGAUGACGUACACGGCACACUCACCGGAUUACACGUUCAUGUUCGAUCGAAGUGGGAUGAAUUCAGGCGAUGCAGCGAAAGUCUCUUUUCUAAUUUCCGGAUAUCUUCUAACUUGUAUUUGUUACGUGCUUAUUGCCUUUCUGUGUGAAGUUUAAACUUAAAGGUACACUUAGACUCGUCUAAACUCGUCUAUUUACUUACAGCAUCUGAUUGCACAUGCAUGUUUUAUGUUCUGGUUAACUAGUUAUUUGAAUCAUUUCGACUUUUCAGAUAACAUAUGUAAUGAAAAUACAAAACUAUUUGGCCACAACAGUAAUAAUAAUUUGGAGCCACUUGUCCAUGUUUUAUAAGGUUCAAAAUACAGCCAAAUAUUUAUAUUGUUUUAGAAAAGUGACAAAGAAUUAACUGUGUUGCCGGAAAUCGUUAGUAACAAUGACUUAAGGCUUGGAUUUACCACAUUAUGUUUAAAGGACAACCUGCCAGUUGGUGUUUCGUGUUUGUACAUACAAGGUAGUUCAGUGUCAUAAUUUCAACAGAAUUAAUAAAAACAUCAAUGACCACAAACAAUCUGUGAAGAAGUCAUUUAAAGGGGCUGCACUCCGUAUGAUGAAAUAGCGAAAAAAAAAGAAAUUGUCGUAAACUGACAUAAACUUGGUACCGGUGUGCAUUGAAAUGCAUUGAAACUUACUAACUGUACCACAUAGUUUACAAUUUAUUUAUUGUUCGCAGUUUUUUCGUAUUUUUCCAUUAAAAAUGAUUACUAGGUAUGUCUACCUAGUAGAAUUCAUUCCGUAUGCGUGA